AAGAAAUUCUCCUCCUCCCUCCUAACCAUCGUCGCUCGUUGUCUUCUCUGACUCUGAAUCACCCCUCCAAGCCUGUCUGCUUUCCUCCCAUCGAAAUCACAAGUUUCACCACCCCUGUCCCCCCCCUCCUCCUUAUACCUUCUUGAUAAGGAGCGUUCCUGGACGAACGGAAGCACCAGUCCCAUUCUGUCCCCUCUGUAUGGACUGCGGGAGUGCCGGAACCGUGUCGGGCGUCGACCCUAAGUUUCUCAGCGAUUGGCAAGCAGACACAUCUGCAUUCGCUUUUCCUCCAUGGGAUAACCCUUCGGAAUGGGAUACCAGCCAGGAGUCGAGUCCUGACGCUGACUUUCCUGACCCCGCUUCUCUGACUGGGUCCCUGAACGGGGAUCGUCCCGACAUCAACCUGCUUGAUCGAGCGAGCGACUUCUUGUCGACCAAUUUCAGGUUCGCUUUUGUUUUGCCCUUUUCACCUGCUGUGAUACCGUCAUAGCUGAUAAAUUGGGGGUCCCCCCUUUUCCUAGCAGCCAAGACACGUCACCCGAGAGAUUCGGCUUGGCCGAAGCUCCCAUCGAGACCAAAGGCAGCUGCGACGUUAGUCCCAGGACUCUGUCUUCGACAACCGACGAGAAUAUCGAGACAUGGCAGCAAUUUCGACUUCUCCCCUCUCUACCGGCGGGAAUGCCGCCAGAGGCCCAAUACCUCUAUCCCUACUCUAAAGGACGCCGCAGUCCUACGAACCCCGUCGUCGUGGAAGAUGUCGGGGAACUCGCCCAAUCUCAGGGAAUCCCCGACGCCCAGCCCAUCAUGCCCUUUCAGAGCAUCCCCCAGACCUUUCCCAUCGUGUCUGGCCCCUGGUCGAACGCAGCGCAGCCGACAACUGCUGAGAAUAUGGCUCUGGCUCCCGAGUCCGUUCCGCUUUCCGUGGAACCGGAGAUGGAAGCCAAGGACGGCCAGAACCUGGAUGGUUUCCAGGAUGCUCUGCGUUCGCUAGAUUGGCGUUGGUUUUCGAACCCCGAUGCACGACUUUCCGCCAACCCUGGUGCCAUUUCGUUCUCUACCCUCCCACAAGAUCUCGCGUUUCAACAAGACGGCCAAAGUGGAUCGUCAGAUUCGCCCCAGCAUACGUCAAAGAGCUCAUCUAUUGCAGGGGACGUGCCAGGGAUCUACGAUUUCCCAUACUUGACCACGGGUGUUGAUAUGACGGCAUUCCCCGAGCAGCAGCAGCUGUCGGACGAGAGCGAUUCGCAGGACGUGAAAUGGAAGAAUACACCUCAAAUCGAUAGCUUACCCGACGUGUCGCACCCACGUUCUUCUACUAAUGCACCAACAUUCAUUAACGAAACACCGUCGGAAUCUCUAAUACGCUGCUUUCCUUCCCGACCCGGCACCGCGUCAUCAGCGGCCAAACGAGCAGCUGUCGACCGGAUUCCAUUGAGCUUACACUCCGUGAUUACAGCUAGGAAGCGCAGGCAACGAAACUCGACAAGCUCCUUAGAGCUCCCCCAGCAACCCAAACCAUUGCAGAUCGUCCAGGAAGAUGGACAAGGCGGGUCCAUCGCAUCUGCUGAUUUCGUGUCUCCGCCGCGGGGAGCCCGUAGAAAGGGACCGCUCAGUACGAUCGGAAGGGCCAAUGCUGGAUUGCGAAGGAAGAAUAAGGAUACAUGCGUCCAAUGCCGUUUGAACAAGCGCAAGUGUGAUGGACAUUCCCCCUGUGAUGCUUGCCGUCCGACACUUCAUGAGCAACCGUGCGCCCGGGCGUGUUUCGCGAAUAUCGUCGAAUACGGAACAUGCAACUAUAUCUCCCAACGAGCUAUCAACCACCCUACGAUCGAUGGCUCUGGCAGAGUUCGGAUUGAGAUUCCAUCAUCGUUCGACUUGAAUGACCUCUUGUCAUUCCUUAGCGAACGGCAAGGACGUUUCAACAUCCGCGCCACGCAGGCCUGGGGAUCGCUCUAUGUUCUUGAUCUGGGAGAGACGUACAGGUUCCUAAAAAGCUUGAGUGAAUACAAUGGCAACAGCCGGUCGAGUUUUCUCGAAUUCAUUGAUCGACGGCUUGUGGAAUCGAAGGACAAGUCAAAGAACUGGCUGAGCUGCCUGAGAGACUGUGAUCCGAUGAAUCAUGUUUACGCCUUGCUUUCCCAGUGGAAUAACAUGCCCAGUCGUGCUAAGUAUAGCUUCGUCCCGUUGCGGCCAGGAGCCGAGGAACAACCCAUGGAUACUAGCAACCCGGAGCAUAAGCGCGAAAUUCUCUUGGCGGCUCAGCUGUCACGGAUUUUCUGUCGCAUGCUGGAAGUUGAAGGAUUCCGAAAACUAGAACGCGACUUCUACAACAUCAAAUGGAAACAGAUCUCUCAUGACACGCACGUGCGGUUCCUGAGUGAACUGGGUCACAUCCUUCUGUCACUCCGUUGGCGAGUCUCGUGGUGGAAGCGUCUGGGCGAUGGCGGCAAGGAGCCAGAUCCUAGCAAGCAGCAUUACGUGGACCGUGUCGAGCUGCUGUGCCGGAUUCUCUACGUCUACUAUACGUGCGUGCUUGCGAAGCUGCCCUCAUGGUCCAUAUCGGAUGUGCCCAAGGGCAUAUGGUCUACGUAUGCGGAUACUGAAAAAGCCAUUUGGGACGAUUAUCCGUUGGACCCUACAGAUGCGGGAUUCCAAAACUGGAUGGCAAGAGGGAGGGAAAUAAUCGAGGAAGCAGGAAUUGUCAAACGUUUUGCGAAGAAUUAA